AUGCCCGUGACAAAGAGUACCCGGGACCCCCAGGGAGCUGCUGACCUCAAACUGGACCUCAGGUACCCAUCCCAAAGUGCCAAGAAUCUGCAGAGCGAGGACUCCAGUUUCUGCGAUGGACGCCCUUCCGAGUCGCCAGGCUUAGAGAAAACCAAAGGCAUAACAGCAUUCCAGACCUUGAUUCACCUGGUGAAAGGCAACAUGGGCACAGGGAUCCUGGGACUACCCCUGGCCGUGAGGAAUGCAGGCAUCCUGAUGGGCCCGCUCAGUUUGCUGGCAAUGGGCUUCGUCUCCUGCCAUUGUAUGCACAUCCUGGUCAAGUGCGCCCAGCGCUUCUGCCACAGGCUUAACAAGCCCUUCAUGGACUAUGGCGACACAGUGCUGCACGGACUGGAAGCCAGCCCCAGCGCCUGGCUCCGGGACCACGCCCACUGGGGAAGGCAUAUCGUGAGCUUCUUCCUUAUAGUCACCCAGCUGGGCUUCUGCUGUGUGUACAUUGUGUUCCUGGCUGAUAAUUUAAAACAGGUAGUGGAAGCAGUUAAUGGGACCACCAACAGCUGCCAUUACAAUGAGACCAUGAUUCUGACGCCCACCAUGGACUCUCGACUCUACAUGCUCGCCUUCCUGCCCUUCCUGGUGCUGCUGGUCCUCGUCCGGAACCUCAGGGUCUUGACCAUCUUCUCCAUGUUGGCCAACAUCAGCAUGCUGGUCAGUUUGAUCAUCAUCACCCAGUAUAUUGCCCAGGAAAUUCCAGACCCCAGCCAGUUGCCACUGAUAGCAAGUUGGAAGACCUAUCCUCUCUUCUUCGGAACAGCCAUUUUUUCCUUUGAAAGCAUUGGCGUGGUUCUGCCCCUGGAAAACAAGAUGAAGGAUGCCCGCCACUUCCCAGCCAUCCUGUCUUUGGGAAUGUCAAUCAUCACUGCCCUGUACAUUGGCAUCGGGACUCUGGGCUACCUGCGGUUUGGAAAUGACAUCAAGGCCAGCAUAACCCUUAACCUACCCAACUGCUGGCUGUACCAGUCGGUCAAGCUCUUGUACAUUGUCGGUAUCCUGUGCACUUAUGCCCUGCAGUUCUACGUCCCUGCAGAAAUCAUCAUUCCCUUUGCCACCUCGCAGGUGUCAAAGCGCUGGGCACUGCCUCUGGACUUGUCCAUCCGCCUCGCCAUGGUCUGCCUGACGUGCACCUUGGCCAUCCUCAUCCCCCGCCUGGACCUGGUCCUCUCCCUGGUGGGGUCCGUGAGCAGCAGCGCCCUGGCCCUCAUCAUCCCGCCCCUCCUGGAGAUCACCACCUACUACUCGGAGGGCAUGAGCCCCCUUAUCAUCGCCAAGGACGCCCUGAUCAGCAUCCUGGGCUUCGUGGGCUUUGUGGCAGGAACCUACCAGGCCCUGGACGAGCUGAUCCUCUCAGGAGGCCCUCUUACCUUUUCCAAUUCCACCGUUUUUAUUCAGUGAGAAUGGCACUGUCCCAUACCCACCAGCACCUGACUUUUACUAAUGUGGAUAUCUUUUACAUGCAUUAUCUUUAUUUUGCUGCUUCACCUUUUUUUUCUUGAGCCAAGUCAUGGUGAAACAAGAAAAGACUC